GACUAAAUUUCCAAUAAACAUUGAAGCUUCCAUCUAAUAUUAACAACCUUAAUCAUUUCUUUCAAUUUUUUGUUAUUUUCCAAUUAUGGAAUAUCCCCUGCUUAUCACGACAGGGUGUCCGAAUUUGUCAGGAUCUCUCCUCAAUCGUCGGUGAUCCCAUCGUAUUUAUGCAGUCCAAUCGCAUGGAAUUUCUAUAGUUGGUUUCCUGGCUUUCCCUGUGAAUUUUUGGAGAGUGGAAAAGUGAAAAUCGAAACCCUAGCUCUGAAACCCUAGCCAUUGAAGCUCGUUACUGGCGCUGUGAAAUGGGCUGAACUGCUUUUAACAAGUUCGAAUUUGGCCGGAAAAAAACCAGUGGAAAAUCCUGGAAUUCAAAGCUUGGAUAAGUGUCGAAGCUUUUUUUGCGGCUCCAGGUGAGAUAAUGAAGAUUUGAGCUCUGUGCUUUCGAGGUUUCGAGUUUUGAGAAAAAAACAGCGGUUCUGAAGCUUACUGGGCUUGAAGAACCAGUUUCAGGGGGAAAAGGUGCUUGAUUUUAUAGGUGAUUAUUCUCAGAGACCAGGGGGCUUGUAUUGGCCACUUUCGUUGCUUCAUUUUGGUGAGAAUCACAGGUCGAAUUUCUCAAUGAUUGUGCCCUAAAGCUUUACUCUUUCUCUCUGCGAACCUUCUCUCUCUGUAACCUUUUUCCGGCAAAAAGAUGCCGGAAAAGGGCCUGUCUCCUAGCCUUUCAAGGCCAGUUCCCCUUCUUUCUCGCUCUACCUCCUUAGUUCCAAUUCUUUCUCGCUCUAGCUCCUUCAUUCCGAGAAGUCUGUCGAGUUUGAUAGUGGUUCUCUUCUUGGUCGUUGUUAUUGUAUGGGCGGCUGAUAGUUCCUCCAUUGAUGACGCAGUCAUGGUGUGGAAAAAUCGAUGGAAUUACAGCAUCGGUGCCCCUUUCAAAACGCACCGGAAUCUGACACACUCGGCCACUACAAAGCCUGAAUCCCUCCGGAAUCUGACGCAGAUGGCUGUUUCUCCGUCCUCAGAGCCGCAGGAUCCGGUUUCUCCGAUUGAUUCUGCAGUAACAGAUGACCGGAAUAUGACUUUUCUGGCGACCUCGUCAGUGGAAGAGGGCUGGAAUGUAACUUUACCAAUGACCAUGUCAGCUGAAGAUGCAUGGAAUCUUACAUUUCCGGAGAUUGCACCAGGUGAAGAUGGCCGGAACCUGACAUUUCCAGUAAUUUCAUCAAGUGAAGAUAGCCCGAACAUAACGUUGUCAGAGAGCGUAAUCUCAAUAUCUAAAGCUUCUUCAGAGGCCCAACAGGAGGAUUUUGCGGCAUUGGACGGCCGGAAUCUGACACACAACGAGUUUCUACCGUUGUCAGACGGGCGGAAUCUGACACUUCCGGCUAGUGUCCUUGCAAAAAAAGCAGAAGAGAACGGCGUUUUCGAGUGGAUAUCGUUUCCUGAGGAAAAUAACGUAACGGCGAGGUUUUUGGAGAGCAUGUCGGGAGCAACGGCCCCCGCAUUUUGCCGUGACACCAAGACGGAAUCCGUCACCGUUUCCGGCCUCGAAGUUGCCGGGAAACUGCGACUCACCGCCGGAAAAAUCCACACCUUUGCCGUCUCGGCCUACGAUAUCGCUGGAAAACCGCGAUGCUCUGGCGGAGAUUACUUUGAAACUGACCUCUCCGGCGCCUCCUGGAAAUCACGGCCGCCCCUCCAAGAUAACGGUAACGGCUCCUACACCCUCUCUCUACAAGUCCACCCCGAUUUCGCUGGCGAUCACGUUUUAAGUAUCGUCCUCCUCUUUCGAAACUAUCAAGGCAUGAAGCGUUUUCCCGAGCGUUGGGCCGUUAGGAAAGAGGUCUUCAACAAAACGUUACGAUUUGAAAAUAACGGCUUCCGGAACAACGGCCCCGAAGCGCUGAAAACUUGCGGGAAGGAGGAUUUCCGGCGAGGGUUGUGGUCGGGCCGUUGGACCAGACUCGCCCGGUCUGAGCCUUGUGAGAUUGACGCUUCCGGCCGCUUUAGGUGCCUGAGACCGAGUCACCCGUGCAGAAAGCCGUGGUGCUCUGGUCCACUCGGCUCGCUUGAGAGUAACGGGUGGGUUUACUCGGCUCACUGUUCUUUCCGGCUUUAUAAUGCCAAAGACGCAUGGAAGUGUCUAAGGAAUCGGUGGAUCUUCUUCUGGGGUGACUCGAACCAUGUGGACACGCUUCGCAACCUCCUUAACUUCGUGCUGAACCGGCCGGAUGUAGCGUCUGUAGCGCGCAGGUUCGACCUGAACUUCACCAACCCAGACAAACCCUCCGAGACGGUCCGGAUAACCAGCAUUUUCAACGGGCACCACAAUGAGACGUCGAACUACCUCGGCCUCGAUUCACUGCACAACGAGAACUUUCGGAACCUUCUCCGCUCGUACUUUACUGGAGAAUCGGUCCCCGAUGCGAUGGUAAUGAACUCGGGCCUCCACGACGGUGUCAAUUACCGGAACCCAAAGGCAUUCGCCGAGGCGGCCACGAUGGCGGCCGCAUUCUGGGCCGAGGUGCUGGUUGGGCGCCAUGUGGAGGUGUUCUAUAGGACCACGGUGGCAGCUGGGGGCCAUGCCAGGGCCCUGUCAUUCAACCCCCACAAGAUGGAGGUGUACAAUUGGAUGGCGUUGGAGAAGCUGAGAGAGCGAGGGGUCGUCAAUGGUGUGGUGGAUGGUUUCGAUAUGACGUAUCCAUGGCACUAUGACAACCGGUGCAGCGAUGGGGUGCACUACGGCCGAGCCCCAGCUCGAGCCCGGUGGCGCGAUGGGCUCGUGGGCCACCAGUACUUUGUGGACCUGAUGCUCGCCCAUGUGCUGCUUGAUGCCCUUUGUGCAAAAAAUUGAAUCCCCCUCCCAUACACAAGCUCGUUCGUGGAUACUAUACUCCCUGCUCUUUUUGGGUUUGCGCAGGGAUGGGCAGUGCAGAAUUAAUUGCCAUUCAGUGGUCCGGAUAUCACGGUUAUGCCCAUGGAGGGGGGCGGGGCAUUCGUGAACGUGUGAAAACUGAAAAUUUGAGUUGGGAUUGAAUUUGUUAUUCCCAAUUUUCAAUUAUUUUUGAUAAAUUUAUCAAUACACACAAUUAAUUCAACGUGUCUUGUCUUUGGCUAGUGUGAUCCAAAACACAACCAACUUUCUAAUCCAAAAUAAUAUCCAAAUUUUGUUGAAAUCUCGUUAAAAAAUAAUUUUAGCUGAUCAACUAAUAAUGUUGGGCAACUUUUUGUAAUACAUUGCUCUUUUUUAUAUACUGAAAUUAUUAUUACUAUUUUGCCUUUUCCUUAUUUUUGUGGCCACUUGGAUCCUAUUGUGUCUUUGUCAUACAUGUUAAAUCCCACUUUUCCUUGUCGCUUUAUCUUUUAUAGUUAUUCAUCAUUCAUGUCGUAUUUUUAAAUUUUUUUUCUUUUUAGUGACCGCUCAUUCCCAACUGUUUGUUUGACUUUGCAAUUUAAUUUGCAGGGAUUAUUGGUCAUAUUAUCUCGAAUGUCAAAUAUGUAGAGUCCU